CUCUCUGUGCCUGAUUACAGUGCUAAUUACGUAUGGACCAUUUCCUUCCAAAUACAAGCAUAACUCCAGGGCUGAGGUGAAAUUCUAUGAGGCCUACAAUUGCGCUCCUGGAAGUUGCUGAAACAAGCUCUGCAUGUUAAAUGACAGUUAUUCUGAGUGACGGCCCUUGCACACGCUUCUGAGUGGUUAUCAUGGGCUUCAUUGCCUUUCUGAAGACCCAGUUCAUUGUUCACCUCCUUAUUGGGUUCGUCUUUGUUGUGAGUGGACUGAUCAUUAACUUCAUUCAACUAUGCACACUAAUCCUCUGGCCCAUAAACAAGCAGUUUUAUCGCCGAGUAAACUGUCGCCUUGCCUAUUCACUUUGGAGCCAGUUAGUAAUGCUGCUGGAAUGGUGGUCGGGCACAGAGUGCACCUUGUUCUCUGACGAGGCCACGGUGAAUACCUUUGGGAAAGAGCAUGUCAUCAUCAUCUUGAAUCACAACUUUGAAAUUGACUUCUUGUGUGGCUGGACUAUGACGGAGCGCUUUGGAGUGCUGGGGAGUUCCAAAGUUCUUGCUAAGAAAGAGCUACUGUACGUGCCCCUAAUUGGCUGGACAUGGUACUUCCUUGAGAUUGUUUUCUGCAAAAGGAAAUGGGAAGAAGACAGAGAUACAGUUAUUGAGGGAUUAAAACGUUUGGCUGACUAUCCUGAAUACAUGUGGUUUCUCCUGUAUUGUGAAGGAACUCGUUUUACAGAGACCAAGCAUCGUAUCAGUAUGGAGGUAGCGGAAUCCAAGGGGCUGCCCAAAUUGAAGUACCACCUGUUACCCAGAACUAAAGGUUUUACCACUGCUGUCCAGUGUCUCAGGGGAACAGUUUCAGCAGUGUAUGAUGUAACACUAAAUUUCAGAGGAAACAAGAACCCGUCUUUAUUAGGAAUUCUUUAUGGAAAGAAAUACGAAGCAGAUAUGUGUGUAAGGAGAUUUCCUUUGGAAGAUAUCCCUCAAGAUGAAAAGGAAGCUGCAAACUGGCUUCAUAAGCUUUACCAAGAAAAGGAUGCUUUGCAAGAGAUGUAUAAUCAAGAAGGCACAUUUCCUGGCCAGCAGUUUAAACCACCUAGGAGACCAUGGACUCUCCUAAACUUUCUUUUCUGGGCCACAGUUCUUCUCUCCCCUCUCUUCACAUUUGGCUUUGGAGUUUUUGCAAGUGGAUCACCUCUCCUUAUCCUUGCAUUCCUGGGAUUUGUCGGAGCAGCUUCCUUUGGAGUUCGUAGACUGAUAGGAGUAACUGAAAUAGAAAAAGGCUCCAGCUAUGGCAACCAAGAAUUCAAGAAAAAGGAAUAACUGACAGCUACAGUUCAGCACAUAUAACCAGACUAUGGUAUCCAAUUAACUUCAGUUAAAAAAAACAAAAACAAUAAACAUUUAGAAACUAUCUUUUUCUUAAUAACUGAUGACUAAUAUUAAUGAAUAAAACUUGAGCCAAGAAUGAAGAAUUUGGAGGAAUCACCUGAAGAGAAUGCAUCGACUUUCUGCCUGUUUAAGGAUUACUGUAGUUAAACUAUGGGAGAAAAUCAGGGUGGAGGGAGGAUGAAUCUAAAUUUUCUUGCUUUGUUGGGGAUUUGGGGGUAGGGGGAGAAAAGAUGUCAUUGAAUAUAGGCUGUGUGCAUCUUCAGAUGACUGAGUACACUGGUUUCUGUCAAGAGCACUACAUUCACUUUUACAAGAGGAGCCGCAGAACGUUUCCUCUUGCUAAAGCCAACAGCAUUUGUUGAUUUUCAACUUUUUUAAUUAAUGAUCCAGGAAAAAAAUCAACCAUUUUUGAGUUAAUUGACAUGUUCACUGGGUUAGUCAUUUUGGAAAGAUUGUGUUGUCAUGGCUACAGAUUAAAUCCUAUUUGUAUGUUACACUGAUACUUUUUAUUUUCAGGCAACUUCUUAAAACUUCUGUAACUUUAGAGAAUGGAUAGCAGAAUUUGGGAAGCAUUGUGUUACUGAUUGGUACAUACCAUAGAACACAUCCACUAGUAUUUAUCCUGUAUAGAUUUCUCACCAUAUCUCCUGCCAACUGCUCAAGGCUGUUUAAUCACAAAAUAGUACUUCAGUCUUGAGUGUUAUUUGCCCUGUUUCACAACAUACACAUAUGUAAUUUUGAAUUUGCUCGACUUUGGUUUGUUUUCUGAAUUUUGAUCAUGGGAUUUGGAGUUGUGCAAAGAAGGAAAUUUGUUCAGUUGUCCUGAUGUUUUCUCCUAUUUCUGUUGAUGUCUGUCAUCGCCUACGUCCAGUUCAAUCAAUGUCUCUUAGUAAAAAGGGAGAUAAUAGCAGAAAUGAGCACAAUAGUUUUCAUAAUGUUGUCCUUUACAAGAAUUCUGAAAGGAAAGGUCUGUAGCAAUCAGAUUCCAAAUGCUGGCAUCUCUUGAACUUCUAAUGGAGUUUUGGUGUCGAUACAGAUGAAAGCAGGAUCAUACCCUGUGUAACAGUAGAGUGUGCUGCACUUUCUACUUGGUUGUGCUGUAGAUAUUAAUGUGAAGAAUAUUACAAGGUGACUCGUUGCUGUUAAGCAUUAGAAUGAGUAUGGGGUCUCUUCAGGGAUAUUAAAUACCUUUAAUUUUACUUGUAGACCUUUAGAUUUUUCCACUGAAAAUAGAGAUCAGAAUCAUGGCUGUACCUGUCUGUUUUGUUUUUUUUUUCCCCCUCUAAAUGCACACUCUAAGAUUUUUGCAGAUUGCUGCUGUAUGCACAACUACAGAACGAUACAGAUAGAUGGGAGUUACCUACGUGUUUAAUUCUGAUGGUCAAAAUCUGCAUUUAGCUACAAUUGGAAAUGGGUUGCAGAUCCAUAGCUGAGGGCAGAAGCUGACCCUCCAGGUCUGUCAGUUUAACCCAGCUGCCACUAGAAUAUUUAUCUCACUUCUGUAAACAGCGGAUCUUAUCAGUGCACUGAUAGUUAUUUUUCAUCUUUGCCCUAGUAACAAAGAUAAAAAAGUAAUAAUUUACCUUCUUUUCAUAUUUGUUUUGUUGGAUUGUAACCUCUUCUACAUGUUUUUUCUGUUUUCAAAGACUGGAAGAGGAAUUUUGUAAUUUGGAAGAAUAUUUUACUGAGGGUCAUCAAUCGCUGUUGUCAUGCACUCGAUUUUUACUAGUGAUUUUUCCAACGAAAGGAUUUGAAGGAUGACCUAUGUUGUCUUUCUUUGCUUAGACUUAUCCUCACCGAAUCACUGUACCCAUAGCCUCAGCGUUACUACAUUAUCUUUCUACCCCAAAAAAUCUUCCCUAAGAUAGAGGAUAAGCAACUGUUAGUGAAAUUUGAAAUACUCUUUAGGAAUUGAGAACAGAUCCUAGCCAUAACUCUGUUUUCCUUACUGAAUGCUUUUGUACUUAAAGAUGGUUAGGAUUCCAAGUGCUGAUAAAGCUAACUCUGAUUUUUCACUUUUUUAACCAGAAGGCUAAAACCAGUGGGCUUUUCUUUCUUUUCUUUCCCCUUCCCUUUUCUUUUCCCAUAAGUAAUUCAUUAAUGGACAUAUUGGGUAUAAUUCUUGUUUCUUAGAAAGGUGUUAUAAAUGCUGUAUACUUGCUUCCUGAAGAUGAUAUUGAGUAUAAGUAAACUGUACUGGCAAAGUGAGGCUUGCAAAGCAGGCUGAUCACUAUGUUUUAUACUUACAUUUUGAGCAGUAUAUUAAUGGGGCAUGACAAGAUUUUCACAAAAUAAAUCCCUUCUUAAUGUUGAGAAGAGGGGAAGUAUUUAAAGGAGAAAGGAAUUAAUAGCCUUUCUCUUUAUGGGAUACUCUUCUCCUCUCAGUGCAUGCAACUUCCUACUAGGAAUCAUGGGACUAAUGCAUGUACAUCAAGGGGAGAAUAACCCACGUUUCUUAUUUUCUUAUAACUUAUUGGUCAUGCUUUCUUUUUGAAAAUAUGAUACAUGCAUCAUCAUUUAAUUAAUUUGCUCUUCUAAGCAAACAUAUCAGUAACCAUUUGGGAAACUGAAAUAUACAGCAGUGCACAAAACAGUACAAAACCAACACAAAGCUCUUUAUUUUGAAUUUUGCCUCUUAAAAUAGGGGUUUUUAUGUACACACGCACGCACACAUACACAGUAUGUAUAAAUUAAAAUAACUUGAAAUAGCUAAAGUUAAUGUCACUGACGAAGAUUAGCAGGUGGCUUGGGUUGGAAAAGUGAGCGUAGAUUUUAUAUCUUACACAAUUUUCUUCUGGUUUAAUAGAACGUAGCUUGUAUAUUUGACUACCAAGCCCUUUGAGAGCAAUAAUAAAUAAAAAUAUAUCAUGUUUUUUGUCUUUUGCUUUUCAACAUGCUGUAUAAGUUUAAUAAACAUAAAGCUAGAGGAGCAUUUUCUCUCUCCACCUUUCAAAACAUUCAUUUAUUGCUUGAUUAGAUUAAAUACCAUGUCUUUCAGUAUGGACUUGCAAGCUGACUUGUGGAGUUCAGCACUGGCUCUGAAGAUGACUGAAAUGGGCCAUGGCAGCACUGAGCAUUGUAAUGAAGAACGAUGAUAUUGCUCUCAAAGUUGGAUUUGCAAUUCCAAGGUGGCAUCGUGUUGACCUACAUCCGAGAAGCUAAGGGAGAGCUCUGAGACUGCUGGUGUGGUGGUGUCUUUCAGUGAGGAAGGCACAAAAAGCUGAUGCUGAAGAAGGACCGGUUGUGAUAUGUUUGGAUAACCGGUAUCCAGAUGUCUUGGCUCAACAGGGAUUACAGUUCUCUGUUGCUCAUUGUGGGCUGAAUGUGCUCUUGCAAUUGACUUAGUGUUACUGAGCAAAAUAUUUGUCUCUGGCACAAACAGCACUGGCAACGUUCCUUUGUUCUGCUUUAACAUAUCUCGAAGGGCUCUGUACUUAAUUGCUGACCAAUGAAUAUGAUACUACCUUUGUCCUAAUUGCCUAGUAUUCACAUAAAAAAAAGUGAACAUCUCUGCUCAAUUCCACGUGA